CGCCAAAAUCUUUUUCUAAAUUCUAACUUGAGAAAACUUGAGAAAAAGAAGACGUAGCGAUGAGUCUCUCUGACACGGACAAGGCUGUCGUAAGGGCCCUCUGGGGCAAGAUCAGCUCCAGGUCCGAUGAUAUCGGUGCUGAAGCUCUCGGCAGAAUGCUCACCGUAUACCCUCAGACCAAGACCUACUUCAGUCACUGGGCUGAUCUGAGCCCUGGCUCUGCUCCUGUGAAGAAGCACGGCAAGACAAUCAUGACUGCGGUCGGUGAUGCCGUGUCAAAGAUUGACGAUCUUGUGGGAGGUCUGGCAGCUCUCAGCGAACUGCAUGCAUUCAAGCUGCGUGUUGAUCCGGCCAACUUCAAGAUCCUUGCACACAACAUCAUAGUGGUCAUUGGCAUGCUCUUCCCUGGAGACUUCACCCCAGAGGUUCACGUGUCAGUUGACAAGUUUUUCCAGAAUUUGGCCCUGGCUCUUGCUGAGAAAUACCGCUAAACGUCCAAUGGGGGAGUUCUUAUGAACAGGCGACACUUUAUAGCACAUUAUCUCUUACCAACUUGUGCCUGAUGCCUGAAUAAAAUUUCUCAAUAAAAAGCACAGAACUGGAUAA